GCGACGCAGCGCACUGGAUCUACCAUCAGCAGCACGGCGGAGCUACACCAGUAAACAGGCAGAGAGCUGUGUACGACUUUUUCUGCGCUCUCAGGGCGCGUUGGUUUCUAAAUGCCGCGCCGAUUGAACCUGAGGUGUGGAAGGAGACGGUUUAUUAUGUGACUCCGGGAGGCAGCUUGGCUUGUAGCGGUAGCUGAAACUAGGCGUUAGCUAGAAUGCUGCCGUCCCCCCGGGCUAAUAGCAGGAGCCGCUGUUAGCUAACGGGAAACUACGGAAUGAGCCAGCUGGAGUAGAACCCGCCGCUUCUUUUGCCUUAUUUACCUCCCGAACGCUUUGGUGACUGUAGAUAUCUCGUUAGGUUUCUGGUUUAGUUAACUUCAGACACUGAAAACUAAUUUUCUACGCCGUUUUUUGUUUUUUUUACUUCUUGGAAUAAUAAUAUUCCAGAAUGGGAAUGUGCCUGCCGUGCCUUGGCGGAGCAGCGGACGACGCUGUUGUCACCCCGGAUCCUGAGAUAAGGAGACGACAGUUGGCCGAAGCCGCCGAGAAGAGACAAAAAGAGACAGCGUACAGGGGCGUCAAAAAUCCAGAAGCAGUUGAAAGGAAGAGGAAGAAACAAGAAGAAAUUGACAAACAGGCGAUGACGACUUCUGUGUCUGGUGGCGGUGGACUAAAGUGGCAGGUCGGAUGAGAACCGCGACGGGGAAGUUGGACCGCCGACGUUCAAAUCCACAUGAAGCCUGUCUGCUGGACUGCUGGGGGAAAAAAAAGUUGGAAUUGCUGCCCGGCUGAACUUCUUUCGCUCGUUUUUGUUAUGCUGUUAACAACACGCGACUGUCGCCACGUUUCACGCAGAAGUUGUCUCAGAGAAACAAAGCUGUAUUUGCCAAGUCCUAGCGGACCGUUUUGGACGUUUUGACAUGUCAAAGGAUAAAAUGAUAGUGUUGGAACAAGCUGCUGCCCUUUUAUUAGCCGCAAUGUGUGUGAGAAACGGGGCUGUCCAUGUGAGGUGAAGUUCUUUUGUGGAAAAUUAGUCAUCAGUUUCUUAGAUAGUAGCGCCACAAUCCUCCAGAAGGUUUAGCUCUCUGCUUCCUGGUAACAAACAUAUGCAGAUGUAACCGUUUGAUUUGCUGAACUGGCUUUGCUUGUUGACUUGGGCGAGUCGAUGACCGUUGCAGUGGAUCAGCCACUGAUGAGCGUAAGCUGUCUUUUUAGAACGCUGGUCAUUAUGUUUGUAUUUAUAUAUAUUUUUUACUGGGUUGUGUAAGGGAGCAAACAAGAUUCACGCCUUCUCUACCGAUGACAUCAUUUAGUUGCCACUGUGGUUGCACACUGUCACUCUGCAUUUGAUAGCAUUGAUUGAUGGUAAGCAGCCCGAAACGUCUGGGUUAUUUCUGGACACGCCCUCGUUACCCAUGUGCAUGUGACCCACAGCACUAUUAACCAGUCAUAGUCCUUCAUUGCACUGGUGGAGUUUGUUCAUUUGAAUUGAACUAUAAAACACUAAUAUGAUUUGGUUUGAUUUUGAAGAGUCUAACCCUUUAUUGUAUGAUUUUUGCCACAGCUCAUAAUUUAUUAGUAACUUAUUCUCACCACUCUCGGUCACAGUUUUCCGAUAAAGCAGCUAUUCUGUCCUACUCUCACACGAAGUGCUGGAUGAAAUGUAGUGAAGAAUAAGCUUUGAAGUGCUUAACUGAGAUCUUUUCUUACAGCUGCCUGAUCCUUAAAAGCUUCUGGUGCUCUUCCCAUUUUGUAAGGCGAAAGAAUAUAGCCAAUGGUACUUGCUACGUUUAAUAAAGCACAUUUCUGUUAUGUA